GCGCGUCGGCUCGGAAGAAAGAAAUGAAUGUUUCCGGAGACGACUGAUCAAAGUGUUCCUUUAUUUUAUUUAUUUAUGUAUUUAUUAACUUGCACAUUAUAGAGUCCGUACAUUCAUAUUUAUAUAUUUAUAUAGAUUGAUUUUUGGGGGAGGGAUCAUCGUGCAACACAUUGUUUAAAUGAAUCUUGUAAGAUUUAUGAACAGCCGGGCACCAGCGAAUAAGAGGUAUCAACCGACGGAAUAUGAGCACGCAGCUAACUGUGCUACACACGCGCUCUGGAUUAUCCCCAGUAUUGUGGGCGGACUUUUGCUCUAUUUCCACUCGGAUGAUCACUGGGAGGAGAUCUCGGCGUGGCUCUAUGGCGCCGGCUUGUCCAGCCUAUUUAUCAUCUCCACCGCCUUCCACACCAUCACCUGGAAGAAGAGCCAUAUGCGUUCUGUCGAGCAGUGUUUCCACAUGUGUGACAGGAUGGUGAUUUACUUCUUCAUUGCUGCAUCUUACACACCCUGGUUAACUUUAAGGGAACUUGGUCCAUGGGCCGCUCACAUGCGCUGGGUUGUCUGGGUGAUGGCCUCCGGAGGAACGGCAUACGUCUUCUUCUUUCAUGAGAGGUAUAAAGUGGUGGAGUUGGUGUGCUACACGGCGAUGGGUGUGUUUCCGGCCAUGGUGGUUCUGUCUAUGGCGGACAGGUCGGGUGUGUGCGAGCUGUUGGUUGGUGGCGGGUGUUACGUGUUGGGGAUGGUGUUCUUUAAAAGUGAUGGAGUGGUGCCCUUUGCGCACGCCAUAUGGCACCUGUUUGUUGCCAUGGGGGCGGGAAUCCAUUACUACGCCAUCUGGAAGUACUUGUACACACCUGGCAAUCAACAGACCAGCACCGCCCGGUGACACACACACACACACACACACACACUAAUACACUGAUACACACUUAGACACACACUAUCACUUCUGCUCUCUCUCAGUUUAGUAUAUAUAAAAGUUUAAAAACUGAACAAAUUUAAUUGAGGAAGGGAAAAAUAUUUCAUUCCGAAUUGGUUUACACGGUGCUGGCGGGAAGCACAGCUACACUCGUUGUUCUUAUUGAUCAAUCAGGGACUAAUCAGUGGCGGCUAUUUAAAGAUCAGCCAUUUAACAGAUCUUCAUAACGUCCUCAUGAACACCUCCAUAACGAUGACCUCUUUAGUUUGAUGUAUUUAACAAAUGUAACUCCAUGGAGUUAUUACUGCACCUAGUGUUCAGAAAUGGGAACUGCAACAAGUGUUAAUAGAGGUCCAACGGGGCAGGAAUCACGCUGCCCCAUGCUCGAGGAGGAGCAGCGAACAAGACAGUUAAUAACAGGGUUGCCAAGGUGUUUUCUUAUUGUAAAGCAAAUUAAUUUAAUUCAUUUCUGCAGACAAAGCAGAAAUAUGAAAUUGAUUAUUUGAUUAGUUAGAAAUGCAUAGUGACACAAAAACUGAGAAAAUGUGUCUCAAUGCUUGCUUAUUUAUUUAUUUAUUUAUUUAUUUGUCUGUUUGUUUGUUUAUUUAUUUAUUAUACUUUUUUUUCUCUGGAAAUUCUGCUAAAACCUGGCAACCCUGGUUACAAAUAUUUUGCACGCCACUCACUGAUGACUUGAAUGAAGACAGACCUGCUCCAUGGAACACAAUUAAACUGAAGAACAUCUACAUCCAUUCAACACAAGCUACUAGAUUGAUAUCCACAUGUGCUCGAAUCUCAACUGCCUGUUAAAGGGUUAAAAAAUUUAUUCAUUAAUAACGUCACAUUAUAAAGCCUUUCAACUUAAGGCUAUGACGUUAUUAAUCUACACUCACAAGCCAUACUCAUGCCAUAAAACUGUAAUUGGCUCCUGUGAACAUGUGCGAGUUAUAACAUGAGGCUUUUCAGAUUCUGGACGAGGUCUGCGUUUCUAUACUGUUUCUGACCUGCCCUUGCUGCCCUCGAUCGCAGUGUACUCAGGGGAACCACAGUAGGCGAGGUUGUAGAUAUCACUCUCAAAAAAAGAAACACUUAGAUCUUAAAAUGAUAAAAUAAUAACAUUUUUCUUUUCAGGACAAGUUAAAUAACAGGUUGAACUUUUCUAUUCAUUAGGGGCGUAACAGUCUGUUUAGUGCUCCAAAUAAUAAUAACUGAACCUAUUUACAGUGGUACCUUAGCAUAGAAAUGUAAUCGGCUCUGGAGGCGAGUUCUUAGGUGAAAUGUUAUAUUGUGAAACGCAUUGUCCCAUAUGAAAUAAUGUAAAUGCAGAUAAUCCGUUCCAGCCGCCCAAAAAUAUUACCAAUAUUACCAAUUUUCAACACUUUUAGAGAAAAAUAUAAAAUUAUUAAAUAUUAAACCUCAGUUAGCCUUAAUUUAUGACGUCUCUUGGCACUGGCUGCUUAAAAAAUUAAACUUAAAGCGGCUCCAUUUUUUUUUUGCUACUGUACCGUCUUUGAUACUAUUCCUGUUACUCAUGGUGUUACGUCCUCACGAAAUCUUGCACAAAAUGCAAAACAACUCAAAAAAGAAAUAUGAAAACUCACCUUACUUGGCUUUCCACUGAUGCAAAACCAGUUUUGAACGGCUCCCGGAUGUACGCGCAACUUAGCCAGCGGUCGGUUCGGUUUGCUCACUCGUACGCUGAAAAUGCUUCAUAUGCGGAGACAAAUUUUGUGCACAAGAUUUUUUUAGCCUUUCCUUAAGGCUAAAAUUCAUGAGUCGGGGCGUUCGUAUGCCAAGGUACCACUGUAUGUAAAUUUCUUAACUAUAUUGCUUUCAGUAAAAGCUUGUACUUUACGAUUUCUGACCUCUGACUAGGAAAAGCCAAAGAAAUCCUCUUCCGAAAAUGAAAUUCCUACUUGGAAAGCUGAGAAGGUGUCCUCAAACGUCAACAAAUUCAAUUUAUAUCAAUAACUUUACAGUUGCUGUUUUGAGGCCGAAAUACAUCAUAAAAAUAUGAUCGAUAAUAUAAGCUAGGUAUAUAAUAUAGCAUGUUUUCAUGGAGGCGGCCAUGUUUUUACUCCAAACCUCGUUGAAGGUUGGAAAUGCUAACGCUAGCUACAGUAUGUGGUGUUUCUGGAUGUGAGCAGUCCAUCAACGUCGGCUGCAUCAAUCCAGCUUGUAGUUCAUCUCUACUCGAAUGCAAUCUUCAUCUUUGAUUGAUUUCUAUUACACAUGGAAACUGAAAACGCUUAUAUAAAACUUAGAAACAUGAGAUGUUUGUCUCUCUGUGUAAACUGGGUGCUAGGUAACGAACAAAAUCCUUAGGCAAUCUUUUCAGGUAGGACGUGAACAAACGUUAAGGGCGUGGUCAAAUGCAGUAUCGAAAACAUGCACAGUCCAGAAUCAACCCCACCAGGAACAAACACCGAUGCGUGAAAAAGAUACAGUUUAAGAGUUUAUGUGUGACGGCCUGAGAACAAAAAGAACGAAAAAACUUGAAAUGAAACACAUCAUAAACCUUUAGACUUCACUGAUCCAAGGUAUGACCACGUCUCUACGGUAUGUAGCUCUCCAGGGUGGCAUGAAGUCACAUGACUUAUUGCCCUGAUCGCUUUUUGGGUGCUCAAACAUCUGUUACACAACAUUAUUUUUACUAGGCAAGGUCAGAAAUUAGACAAAGUGAGAACAUUUCCUUGGUAAUUAAGUGUGAGCCGUGUAUAUUGUCCUCUUUGAGACGAUACAACACUAAUUCGAGUCAAUCUAAUAUGCUUUGGUUUAGGUGUGAUACAACCUGAUUAGCAAAAUAUCUACCAUGAGGUCAGAAACAGUUGCAGUUAUCGGACAGUCUGUAACUUACAGUAUAUCUAGCUAACAACAACUAGCUGAUGCUAACCAAAUGCCGUUGUAGUUUCUUUUUCAUUUGUGGAUUUUAACCUGUUAAUGUUAUUUUCCAAACAGCAAAUGACUUUUAGUCAAGUUAUUUGUUUCCGCAGACCGCCACAGAAAUAUUAAAUAUGCCAUAAAUAAAUAAAAUAAUAAUAAUAAUGCAAAUUACAAAAAUACAGUGCAGUAAAAAGUACAACAGAUGAAGAAAGAUACUUGAAAUAUCUAAUCACUCUUCCUGCCGCUGCCAAAAAAGAAAGAAAAGGGAUUUCUCUUGUAUUACAGUUUACUGUUUGCGGUUUGAACGCAGUACCAGUCAGACCGCUGUAUUCAUAGCAUCACUCGUCUGGGUGCAUCCUCGCAUUUCAGUGUUGCGUCUGUGUCAAAUGCCGAAAGUGCUUCGAGCUUCAGUCACUUGGUCUAGUCAUAGUUUUGUGUCUUUUUUUGUUUGUGUGUGCUUUUUUUUUUUUUUUUCAUAAAAAAAAUCCCAACCUCUGACAUUCCCCUCUGUCCCAUUUAAGUAAGAAGGAUGUAAUUCAUUCAUCCAAGUCGCAACACAGUUCCUCAGGACCGCCGAUUCUUAUAAUGAUUAGCCAGACCACAUGAAGUCCACAGUUUCGAUUGGCUGAUUUGGCCAAAACUUUCUUCUCAGGGUUUAAGACACUGUCCGGUGCCAUCGCCAUCUCUCCUAAACAUUCCACUGCUGUGCAGAACAAAAAAAAAACAUUCUCAUGAAAAACCAAAAAAAAAAAAAAAAAAGCUAAGUAAUAGAUUAAAUGUUUUUUCUUUAUUAUUUAAUGGCUUAUUAUUUAUUUCGAAUUAUGAAUAUUAUUAUCUGUAAUAGUUAAAGUGAAUCUGUAGUGAAUGUAUUAUUUGCAAUAUCAAUGUUUAAAAGAUUUUAUUUAUAUGAUCGCUUCAAUGCACAAUUCCAAGUCUAUCAAUACCUGAGAUCAUCAGUAUGCUGAUUGUAUUAUGUGUUAAUUCUCAUGGGAGGAACACAGAAAAUAUUGAAGGGGCGGAAAGUAAAAAUGAAGCGCUGAAAUCCUUUUUAAGUUUUAAUAAGAUAUGAGUCUAUAUUUGGCUUGUGCAAUAAUGAUAUUGUUUUUUCUGCGUGUGAUUUAGCAUUGAUUAUGCAUAAAUAGUGAAACUUGAUUAUACUGUAUGAUUAAUUUGUUAAGAAAUAGUAAUGCGUUACAAUUUCUAAAUUAAUUACAUGCAUUAACAUGUUAAUUUUGAGAGCCCUAAUAAAAAAAUAAAAAAAUAUAUAAUAGCUCCAAUCAUUAAAGCAUUGAUUGGUAGAUUUUGGUGAUUCUGCUUUAAUGUGGAGUAAACAGUGGUUACGAAACACAACAGUACAUUUACAAUAUCAUGUUUUUGUGAAAACAACUGUUGAAUAUGUCCACAUGACGGAUGAACUCGCCUGAUGCAUGAUCAUCAUUUUGUGGGCGAAGUUCACAAGUUCCGUACUUGAGUAAAGUAGAGAUCUCCCAGGGAAAAUAUUACUCAAGUAAAAUUCCAUUUACAUUUCAACUUGAGUAAAAAUACAAAGUAUUCACGUUCAAAUUUGCAUAAGUAUAACAAAUUAUAUUAUUUGCUUGUAUAAGCUCAUUGUAGCCUUUGACACGCAAUCGAUUGUUUCACGGAGGGAAUUCGGAUUAUGCAAUUAUGUAUAAUAAUCAGCAGGUGGAGACAUUACAGCUUCAUGUACCACACACACACACACACCUGUGUAACGCAGACGUGCAGAAAUGUUGUGAAGCACAAGUAGAGAUGUUUGUUGGAGGCUAUAGUGGAGUAAAGGUCCCAGUAUCCGCUAACAAAACUAAUCAAGUAAAGUACAGAAACAUGCAAACUAUACUUAUGUACAGUAAUGACAUAAAGGGUGUUAGUUAGUUAGUCUUCCUCUCAAAGCAGCCUCUGUUUGCUACCUGCUGCAGGAAAGCAUAGCAAAUAAAUAAAUAAAUUAAUUAAUUAAUUAAUGAAACACAUUAAAGACACUAAGAACACAUAAGAUGAGGAAGGGUCAAAGGGCUUUUUUUUACUGUCUACAUAAAUACGGCAGUGUUUAAACCAUUUACAAGUAUUAGCCGUGUUUUUGGUAUAUUUUUAACUACACUUAUACUAGCAUACUGUGUAUAUCACGACAGCAUAAUAUCAUCUAGCACUGAUAUGAUUGAACUGUUAU